CGAUCUGCUGCCAAGAUCUUAGCGCGGCUCGCUCUUGGCCUGCGGCUGCGGUUGCCGCCAAAAUUUCAACAAGGCAAAGUGCUUGCUCCAUCCACGAUCCAGUCUCACCCGCACGUCCACGUCCACGUCCACGUCCUGACCCACGUUCAACGUCCAUCCAACAACGACCACCAUCGCGAUACUCCCUCCCAUCGCCCCAAGAACGAACGAGCCAUCCACUACCGAUCGCGUCGUCACUUACUUCCUCACUUCAACAACAACCUACCCGAAUGGGAUGAGCACAGUGCCGUGUGGGCAGCAGUACCAUGUCGGACGCGGAAUUUGAUCAGAUUCGCAAGCUCCAGGCCGAGCGAAACGCGGCUGCCGCUGCGAAAAAAGGCCAGCCUUAAUGAGGCCUGGGAUACCGACCUCUACGAUCGAAGUGCCAACGGCGCCGACAAGUUUGCAGGCUAUCACACCUCCCUCCCCGCUCAAGAUGGCGACGACGAUGAGGACAUGGCCGACGCCGAUAGCUCGCGCCGCCUCGUCGGACAGUACACUGCUACCCGUGCCCAGAUAGAUGAGUUUGCGCGUGGAAAUGGAGUGGAAGAAGACGACAUUCUUGCCGGUCGUGGCGAGAAGAGCAACCGCAUCACAGAUCGCGAAACCGAUUACCAGAAGCGUCGAUUUGAUCGCGUUCUGACCCCUACCCGCGCCGACCCCUUCGCCGCCAAUCGCCAGGCUGCCGCUGCUGAGGAUGGAAUGAGCUAUCGCGAGAUUAUGGAGAGUCGCGAGAUUGAGCGUGAGGAGGAGCGCGUGCGCCGAGCUAUCGAACAGAAGAUGAAGGACGGCCCCACUGAAGAACAUAAGCCUACACUCCAGAUUGAGGAGGCCGGAAACAAGGAGAACGGUGAUGCCGGUUCGACCGAGGCAGCAGCCGCUGGCCGCAAGCGCAAAAAGAGAUGGGAUGUUGCUACUACAGACGCCGAGGCUGCCCCAGCAGCCGCAGAGCCCAAGAAGCGCUCGCGCUGGGAUCAGGCACCUUCUGUGCCCGUUCUUGGCGCUGAUGGAACUGUAGUAGAAGCAAAGAAGAAGUCAAGAUGGGAUCAAGCGCCGUCUGCCACCCCCGUUGGAAACAUUGGUCUCGCCACUCCGAUGCACCCUACACAAACUGCUGUUCUGCCCCCCACUGCGUUCGGCCCCGAUGCCGGCCGGUACAUGCCCCUCAGCGAUGAGGAGCUCGACGCUAUGCUUCCUGGUCCUGACGAGGGAUACAAGAUUCUCGAGCCUCCCCCGGGAUAUGCCCCUACCCGGGCGCCCACGCACAAGCUGGCAGUGCCACCAACACCACAGACAGGCUUCAUGAUGCAGGAUCCUGAGAGCACACGUCUCUCUGGGCAAGCAGUUCCAAGGGAAAUCCCCGGUGUUGGUGAUCUUCAGUUUUUCAAGCCUGAGGACAUGGCGUACUUUGGCAAGCUCACAGACGGGUCCAAUGAAGACGAUCUGACUGUCGAAGAGCUGAAGGAGAGGAAGAUCAUGCGCCUGUUGUUGAAGGUCAAGAACGGUACUCCCCCGAUGAGGAAGACUGCACUCAGGCAGCUCACAGAUAAUGCUCGAAACUUCGGUGCCGGACCCCUCUUCAACCAGAUUCUCCCGCUACUCAUGGAGAAAACCCUUGAGGACCAGGAACGCCAUCUUCUUGUCAAGGUUAUUGACCGUAUCCUUUACAAGCUGGAUGAUCUGGUUCGGCCCUAUGUCCACAAGAUCUUGGUCGUCAUUGAGCCAUUGCUCAUUGACCAGGACUAUUAUGCACGAGUCGAAGGUCGCGAGAUUAUUUCUAACCUCAGCAAAGCCGCUGGCCUCGCGACCAUGAUCAGUGUCAUGCGGCCCGAUAUCGAUCACGUAGAUGAAUACGUACGAAACACAACUGCCAGAGCGUUUGCUGUGGUGGCCUCGGCCUUGGGUAUUCCGGCCCUGCUGCCAUUCUUGGGAGCCGUGUGCCGCAGCAAGAAGUCGUGGCAGGCGCGCCAUACCGGUGUGAAGAUUGUCCAGCAGAUUCCCAUCUUGAUGGGCUGUGCAGUGUUGCCACACCUGAAGCAGCUCGUAGACUGCAUUGGGCCCAACCUCAACGAUGAGCAGACCAAGGUACGGACAGUCACCAGUUUGGCCAUUGCUGCUCUUGCCGAAGCCUCCAACCCAUAUGGUAUUGAGAGCUUCGAUGAUAUCCUCAAUCCCCUGUGGACGGGAGCUCGCAAGCAACGAGGCAAGGGCCUGGCGGGGUUCCUCAAGGCCGUCGGCUACAUCAUCCCCCUCAUGGACGAGGACUACGCAAACUACUACACAAGUCAGAUUAUGGAGAUUCUCUUGCGAGAGUUUGCCUCGCCAGAUGAGGAGAUGAAGAAGGUCGUGCUCAAGGUCAUCUCUCAGUGCGCCGCGACGGAUGGUGUCACAGCUGGUUAUCUCAAGGAACAUGUAUUGGACGACUUCUUUAAGAGCUUCUGGGUACGGCGCAUGGCUUUGGAUAAGCGCAACUACCGUCAAGUGGUUGAGACCACGGUCGAUAUCGGCCAAAAGGUCGGUGUCAGUGAGAUUCUCGAGAGAAUCGUGGUCAACCUCAAGGACGAAAGCGAAGCCUACCGGAAAAUGACUGUUGAGACAGUGGAGAAGAUAGUAGCCUCUCUGGGUGCGGCAGACAUUGGCGAGCGGUUGGAAGAGAGACUUGUCGAUGGUAUCCUGCACGCCUUCCAAGAGCAAAGCGUUGAAGAUAUUAUCAUGCUCAACGGUUUUGGCUCCGUGGUCAAUGCUCUGGGCACUCGCUGCAAGCCAUACCUCCCCCAGAUCGUCAGCACAAUUCUCUGGCGUCUCAACAACAAGUCUGCCACAGUUCGCCAGCAAGCUGCUGAUCUUGUUUCCAGAAUUGCCAUGGUGAUGAAGCAAUGCGGCGAAGACGCUUUGAUGGGCAAGCUCGGUGUUGUUCUUUACGAAUACCUCGGUGAAGAAUAUCCUGAAGUUCUCGGCUCCAUCCUUGGUGCUCUGAGGUCCAUUGUGACUGUGGUGGGCAUCAGCCAAAUGCAGCCACCCAUCAAGGACCUCUUGCCACGCCUCACACCCAUCCUGCGCAACCGACAUGAGAAAGUCCAGGAAAACACCAUUGACCUGGUCGGCCGUAUCGCCGACCGCGGACCGGAAAGUGUCAAUGCUCGCGAGUGGAUGAGAAUCUGUUUUGAGCUGUUGGAUAUGCUCAAAGCCCACAAAAAGGGCAUCCGUCGCGCGGCCAACAACACGUUCGGCUUCAUCGCCAAAGCCAUCGGCCCCCAGGACGUGUUGGCCACCCUUCUUAACAACCUCAGAGUGCAGGAGCGUCAGUCACGUGUCAAUACCGCCGUUGCCAUUGGUAUCGUUGCCGAGACUUGCGCUCCUUUCACUGUCCUCCCUGCCUUGAUGAACGAGUACCGGGUGCCGGAACUCAACGUCCAGAACGGUGUUCUCAAGUCGCUCUCUUUCCUCUUUGAGUAUAUCGGCGAAAUGGCCAAGGACUACGUCUACGCUGUUGCACCCCUCUUGGAGGAUGCCCUCAUCGACCGUGACCAAGUCCAUCGGCAAACUGCCGCUUCAGUCGUCAAGCAUAUUGCGCUGGGCGUGGUAGGGUUGGGGUGUGAAGAUGCCAUGGUUCACUUGCUGAACUUGCUGUAUCCUAAUCUGUUUGAGACGAGCCCGCACGUCAUUGACAGGAUUGUCGAAGCGAUUGAAGCGGUGAGGAUGGCGGUGGGGCCGGGGUUGGUGCUGAAUUAUGUCUGGGCUGGGCUUUUCCAUCCAGCGAGGAAGGUGAGGACGCCGUAUUGGAGGUUGUAUAAUGAUGCGUAUGUGCAGGCUGCGGAUGCGAUGGUGCCGUAUUAUCCUAAUUUGGCGGAGGAGGGGGUUGAUAGGGGGGAGUUGGCGAUUGUUUUGUAA